UGGCCAGUGGGUAUUCAAGUAUUAUUUGUGUUACUGUCAUUAUUUUGAUGAAAUACUCAUUAUUCACAAAACUUCAAACCAAUUACUUUUUCUGUUAAAUUAACCACACUACGAUACGUGGUGAAUGAUAGUAGUAUUCAGGAAUAUGCUGUUUCCUGUAUUGUAGUUCUAGUACUAAUGAGGAAGACACGAUUGUGCCAGUGAAGUAUUAUUGGACAGCAAACAUAUUAUGUGACACGUGUAUUAAAUUGAUUCGAUAUUUACAGAUAUGAAAAUCUAACAACGUGUCUUCAUUUUUCAAUCUAUCCACGCUGUGUGGUGCGUAGGAUGACAGUGCACCAAUGAUAACAACUAUUAGACAUAUUUUCCCAUUUGAAUGAAGUAAACAAAAGUCUGAACAGAAGUUGCCUACCCUUACUCUGAAACCUGAAUCAAUAUUGAAGAACAAUGGCAUCCAUUAUUACUAGCACCCCUACAUCUUCAAUCCUCCGCACAGGUCUUGUGCAAAAGCAACCUCUUGGAGUCUCAUUCCAGAACAUUGUUGGAUUGCCAGCAAUGACUAAGGUUGGAAGAGUGAGGUGUUCCAUUGAAGGAAAGCCUGACGUGCAAGAAAGCAGGUCAAACUUAGGGAUGGGAGCAUCCUUAAUAGCAGCUAUCUCUGUUGCAACUUUGUCAAGCCCAGCAGCCAUGGCUUUGGUGGAUGAAAGACUGAGCACUGAAGGAACUGGACUUCCCUUUGGCCUUAGCAACAACCUUCUUGGUUGGAUCUUGUUUGGUGUCUUCGGUUUUAUAUGGGCACUCUAUUUUGUCUAUGCUUCAUCCCUUGAUGAGGAUGAAGAUUCUGGUUUGUCUCUAUAAAACCAACUCCAAAAGACAUGGAAGGUAGAAAUUGCACAGUUCAGUCCUUAUUUGUUGUAUUAAAAUACUAGUGUAUUUAUGCUAAGUUCCGACUUUCAAAUAUAUGAUUUUUAUUUGUUGUACUCUCACAAAUGAUGUAUCAAACCAAUUUGGAUACAUUUUUCAGUUUAAUAAUUUUAGUUCUAAUAAAAUUUAAGUCGAGAA